UAAAAACAGACAAAUGAUGAGCCUUCCCUUCACGUUAACUGCUGUGGCAUUGCACAUGCCUUUCUUCCUCCUACACCCAAACUUCUAAACUGGACUUUGACUUGUCGGUAGGCGGUAGCCCUCUAAAUUUUCGCCCUCGUCGUGUUCUAAUUUCCUUUCCCUGUCAGUUUAAAUGCUUGUAAUAACAACUCAGCAUUAACCCAGACUCAGAACAUCCCUUCACCAAUUAAGGACCAUGUCUUUAAUCAUUUUCUUAUCAAUGAAGAUUUCCAUAUGAGGAAAAUCAAAGUUCACGUGGUAGAAAGACCCAGAUUGGUCUCCUGCUGCAGCUAUCAUUUAAGAAGCCACCUGGAGUUGCAACUGUAGCCAUCAUAUUUUGUCUCUGGUGAGUGCUGUCUUUGACCCUUCACAUGGUGUGGAAGCAUACUUCUCACUGAUCCUCCAAUUUGUGCUGUUAACAGCAAUUCCAAUUUAUUGUCCUUGCUCCUGUUUUGUCUGCUUUGGAAUCCACUCUUAUAUCUUUUGUUAUGUUCAGUUGAUAGUGCAUCAUAGGGGGAAGCUGAGAUCAUUUUCUUGAGUCCUAUUCAUUAUAUUCUACUUUUCGGUUCAAAUUCUUCUACUUUUAAUCUUUUUUUUGCACUUAGUCUAUUGACAUAUUGUAUGUCAAUCCAUUUACUGAAUUGGAAUACUUUGUUUGUAGUUGAAAUAUAUAUAAUAAAACCUCAAAAAAUUAUAUCUCCUCCUCUUCAAAUUGCAUGGUUUGACUCCAAAAUCUACAUUCACUGCUGCUUGAGUAGAUGUGAAUUUCGGUAUCUUAUCCAAUUCUCAAAUCAUUAAUCAAGUUCCAUAUUCUAAGUUCCUUUCUGGUAUUUCCUACAUCAGGAGACCAUUUCCCUUGUUUCUAGCCAUUUACAUUCAAAAUCCAUGUUUUAUGAUCUAUAUUGUCAUACAUAGAGGGUAGGCGUCAAUGUCAGUCAUAUGUGGCCUCCCUCUCCUUGAAUGUGUUUACUGUCUGGCAUGUGCACGCUGGGUAUGGAAAAGAUGCCUCCAUACUGCCGGCCAUGACAGUGAAACAUGGGGCCUUGCGACUGCUGAAGAAUUUGAGCCGGUCCCUCGACUAUGCCGCUAUAUUCUAGCUGUUUAUGAAGAAGAUCUUCGGCACCCCCUUUGGGAACCCCCUGGAGGCUAUGGGAUCAACCCCGAUUGGUUGAUUCUUAGAAAAACUUAUGAAGACACUCAGGGACGGGCUCCUUCAUAUAUAUUAUAUCUUGAUCAUGACCAUGCUGAUAUAGUCCUUGCCAUUAGAGGUCUUAAUUUGGCAAAGGAGAGUGACUACCAAGUGCUUUUGGAUAAUAAGCUGGGGAAAAUGAAAUUUGAUGGUGGCUAUGUUCAUAAUGGACUCUUGAAGGCUGCUGGAUGGGUUUUGGAUGCAGAGUGUGAGGUUUUGAAGGAAUUAGUGGAGAAGUAUCCAAAUUAUACUUUGACAUUUGCGGGACAUUCUCUUGGGUCAGGUGUAGCAGCCUUGUUGGCGUUAGUGGUUGUUCAGCAUCAGGAUAAACUGGGAAAUGUUGACAGGAGGAGGAUUAGGUGCUAUGCUAUUGCUCCUGCAAGGUGCAUGUCGCUAAAUUUAGCUGUCAGAUAUGCAGAUGUCAUCAAUUCUGUGGUUCUUCAGGAUGACUUCUUGCCACGAACAGCCACGCCUUUGGAAGACAUUUUCAAGUCACUUUUCUGUUUGCCAUGCCUACUAUGUCUGAGAUGCAUGAGGGACACUUGUAUACCAGAGGAGAAGAUGCUUAAAGAUCCAAGGAGGCUGUAUGCACCUGGUCGCCUCUAUCACAUUGUUGAGCGAAAGCCUUUCAGAUUAGGAAGAUUUCCCCCAGUUGUGAGGACAGCAGUGCCGGUGGAUGGGAGGUUUGAGCACAUUGUUCUCUCUUGUAAUGCCACCUCAGACCAUGCUAUAAUAUGGAUAGAGAGAGAAGCACAGAGAGCUAUAGAUUUAAUGCUGGAGAAAGAUCGGAUCAUGGAGAUCCCAGCAAAACAGAGAAUGGAGCGGCAGGAGACUUUGGCUAGGGAACACAGUGAAGAGUACAAAGCCGCACUCCAAAGGGCUGUUACAUUGUCAGUGCCUCAUGCUUAUUCACCUUCACAAUAUGGAACUUUUGAUGAGUCGGAGGAUGGGGAAAACUCCCAUAAAUCUAGUGUUCAGUCAUCUGUUGGAUCAUCGGGGAAAACCAGGAACAAAGAAAGCUGGAAAGAAUUGAUCGAACGUCUUUUUGAGAAAGAUGAAUCUGGGCACAUGGUGCUCAAGAAAUCCCGUAGGGAUGAUUGAUGAUAUAAUUUCAGGGAUAACAUGGAUAGAAGAUCAAACAUUAUGUUUGUGAUAAACAGCAUUCAUUGAUUCAUUUGUACUCAUCAUUUCCUUCCUAUAACAAUUUUCACCUGAGAGCUUAACACAGGUCAAUUGGAAAAUAACCUACUACAAUAUGCAGAACAUUCAAUUUAUGUAUUCCCAUUGUAUAAAAUAUUAAAAAUUUGUA